AUGAGGGGCGAUUUGCAGGAGUGCACUGCCAGCACUUCAGAGGAGCCAGUGUCCCCAGACCUGGGGGAAGAGGAGGAGUACUGGCCUGAGUUUGCACCCAGCUCCCCUGAUCAGGGCCCAGCCAGCCCCACAGGCAGCACUGUCUUUGCCCAGGACACAGGGGGCUCACAGUCAGAAGGUGCUUCCAAGGGCCAAGAGGGCAGUGCCAGCCCUGGUAAGGCAAUGCAGCAGCCCAGGGAGAAGAGCACCGCACCUGAGGGAGCAGCACCCCCCAAAGAGAAACCGAAGCAGCCAGCACUGGAUCGGAGGGAACUGACCCGGCCCCGCCUGGGCCCCAGGGCUCAGUCCCGCAAGGCCAUCGUGGAGAAGUUUGGGGGGGCAGCCAGUGGUCCUGCCCCAAAUAUCAAGCGUACGGGGGGCACCAAUGCCAUCAAGAACAUGCUGCUGGAAUGGUGUCGUGCAAAGACCCGUGGCUAUGAGCACGUGGAUAUCGUGAACUUCUCCUCCAGCUGGAGCAGCGGCUUGGCCUUCUGUGCCCUGGUGCACAAGUUCUUCCCUGAUGCCUUUGACUAUGCAGCCCUCACGCCCGAGAACCGCAGAGAAAACUUCACCUUGGCCUUUGCCACCGCUGAGAAGCAUGCCGACUGUGCCCCACUGUUGGAGGUAGAUGACAUGGUGCGCAUGAGUGUGCCUGAUUCCAAGUGUGUCUACACCUAUCUCCAGGAGCUGUACCGUAGCCUGGUGACCAAGGGGCUGGUGAAGACCAAGAAGCGGUGAAGCAGGGCAGGGCCCACACUGGGGAAGGGGAGAGACCCAGCACCUGCAGAGACUGCCCACAGGCAUGGGGGAGGAGGGUGUUCCCACAUUCCCAAACACAAAGCCUCUGCCCCAUCUGCCAAGGACAACUGCAGCCUGAGGGGCUACUGGGCUGUGGCUUUGUCCUGCUAGGUCUCCUACAGCAGCAUCCUCCUGCCCCAGGAGGUGGAGAGGCUCUUCCUGCUAAUGCAGAGCAGACUGGGUGAGAGGCUCAGGGAUAGCGGGGUGUUGCUGCCAUCUCAGUUCUGCUAGGACCCAGAGUCCCCCCACCAAGUGCUGUUGCUUCUACAGCCCUGGUCCAGUGAUGGGAGUGGGGGCAUCACUGUGGGUCCCAGAUGUUUAUGAGCCUGGCUUUGCUUUCAAUGUGAGGGAUGGAGUUGCUAGAUACCAAGACAGUCCGUUACAGAGGUGGGGAAGACCUGCAGAUGCCGUGCAGUCCCCUCUAGACUGGCAGAUCAUUUGGACUGCCCCUGCCUCUACCUGCCAAGAAAGUAGCCGGUGGCAGGCACAGCAUGUUUCUCAUGGGUGCCCCAAAGCAGCUGGGAUGGUAGCAGCUGGCAGGGACCAUGCUAAGCUGUCCUCCUGCCCCGGAAGCCGAACACCCUGUGCCUUACAGAUGUCACCCUCCCCUUGGCCAGCAGGACAUGUGCUCCCCCUCAGCACCGCAUGCAUCUCCUCCCCUGGGAGCCCUCUCCAAGCAUCCGUUUGCUAUGUCCACAGCAGGUGCAUAACCACAGCUAGCAUGUGCAUGUGUUCAAGGCAUUAAAGCAGGUCUACUCUGA